AUGGCAACAUUUAUGGAACGAUUAGCUUUUCUUCAGAAAGUUCCCACCCUCAUGAAGGCGACAGCAGAUGAUGAAACGCCCUGUCCUGGCUACCUUUUCCAGGAGAUUGGAAAGAUCUGCCAGGAGUCAUCCGGUUGUGGUCAGUGUUUGUUGGAGUACCUUUUAGAGAGGCUACAAGUUGAAUCCUGUCAUGUCAAACUGAAGGUGCUGAAGAUCUUUGUCCAUCUCUGUGGCCAUGGGUCAAAUCAUUUCCUUACAGAGCUCAGAAGGAAUUCCACCUUCAUCCAGCAAGCAUCGAUUUACAGUGGCCCACCUGAUCCCAUCCAUGGCACAGCACUUUACCAGAAAGUGAGGAAAACUGCACAGGAAGUGGCUCGGUUACUUUUCUCAGAUGUGGUUCUCACCAAAAGCAGUAUGACUUCACACAGCAUAGCUCCUCCAACGAUGGGCAUGGGAUCAACAAGUUCCCACAGGCCAGGGUUGCAGGGCUUUGGACACAGUUCAGUGAAGCAGGGGACAGCAGGCAGUGACUCAUUGUUAGACAAGAUCCAAAAAGCUGCUGAGGUAGUUGCCAGCGCUGUUCUACCCCCAAUGGAGCAACAGGGCAUCCGUCUCCAUGACAACUAUUACUGCGCAGUUGUGGCACCAUCUGCACCCAUAGAGGUUGCUGUACCUGCAUGUGCCUAUAACACGCCUGCUAGAAGAGCUGAAGUGACCCAACGAUGCCCAGGGCAGGUAGGGGGUGGCUGGGAGGAGACUGACAGCAACAACAGCUCCUCUCACAACUCUUCUCAAGAAAUUGCAUCCAACAGCAGAACAUCUGUGGGCAGCAAGUCGGCUGGUACAAGGAGCCAAUCAGGAGCCAGCAGAGAGAGUAAUGGGGACCUCUCUGAACGGACAGAAGCCUUGCAGCUGGGUGACUGUGGACAGGAGACAGCUCUCAUUAAUAAACUGACAGAGGGCUCCAGAGUUUUCCUGACCAGAGAGGAGAGUCAACACUUCCUCAAAGAGUGCUUCCUUCUUAACUGUGAGGUUGUGGUGGAGUUGCUCUCCAACAAGCUUCAAGAUCCUUUGUACGCUGUUCAAAUGCGGGCUCUGUGUGCUGUUUCAUGCCUCAUGACCUCUGACCUUCUCUCCUUGGAACAAAUAUUCGGCGCUACGCAACGCAGACUCCGUCAGCUGAGCGAAGGGCCUCCGGGGCCCGUGACCAACAAAGCUACCAAGAUCCUUCGACAGUUUGAGGCUCUCAUGGGUGGAUCUCAACAAGCUGCCAGGCAGGAUACAGUGAACAACAGUCACCAGGCAACAACUAAUCAACAUUAUCAGUCUGAGCCCUCUUCUGCAGAUGUCCAAACAUCUAAUCAGCCGGCUUCUUCUGAUCUGGACCAGGUGUGGAGAUGUUCCACAGAGGAGCUGAUAACUGCUCCUGAGGGGGACAAACUCACCAUCACUCAACGAGAAUCUGUAGAAAAUCCAGCAGAGCUAGUCAGACCUGCUGAUGUAAAAUCCCCCUCUGCAGAUCCAGAGCUCAUCAGAGACCGAAGUGGCUCCUGGUCACCUGAACCUGAGAGUGUGUCGUCCAGUCAGAGCAGACCGUCUCUGUUCAGAGGAAUGGAGCUGAUCACCAAGGGGAGAACGGUGUGCGAGAGUGAUACACCACAUACUGAGUGGGAUAAGACGGACAGGUUAGGUGGGACUGAAACUGUUCAGAUCUCGGACUCAGCUCAAACCAGUGAGGAAGUCUCCUCCAGUUGUGAUGUUUUUGCAUCUGAUAAAACACAGACAGCAUCUGCUUUCUCAUUUCUCAACUUUUGA